AUGGAGUCAGCGGACGCCGCCAGCGACCCUCUGGUCGGCGAGGCGAAGGCCGAGGGCGGCACCGACAACGACGACCCCGCGGCUGGGGUCUGCUCGCGGCGCCCCGGCUGCAUCGGCUGCUGCACCGCCUGCUGCCUGCUCACGGUCAUCGCCGUGGCGAACUACUUCGUGUACGUGUACUCCUUCAUCGGCCCCGCAUUCCAUGGAGACGUCGAUUCGUUCCGGACGGAGGCGUUCCUCGAGCUGGAUGCCGAGAGGCGGGCGGCGGCGGAGGGCACUGGUCUGCUGACCGCCGACAGCGAUCCCAGCGCCUUUGCCUUCGGCCUCAACGUUGGCCUGAACGCCUUCUUCCCCAACUUCAACUUUGUCCAGGGUUUCCCACAGCCUGGACUCGGGAACGCCAUCGCCAGGGCUUAUAGGAGGCUCUUCGGCAUAGAGGACCCACGGUGGCGCCCCCCUGUGAAGGAUGAGCCGACGGGGAUCGUCACGUACAACGAGUACGCCAAAACCCACUUCGGUAAGGAGUUCCCCUACCCGUUCUUCGACAGCUUCUACACUGGCAACUCGAUCCCCUCCUGGGAGGACAACGCAGCCCACGCGCGAGGGGUGAGCCUGAUAGAUGCCAGCGUGAAGGCGCAGCGCGCGGUGGGCGUGGAGCCCAUCGAUUUGAUGCUAGAGAUGGAGCCGCGGUUCGCGUUCGACCAUCGGGCGCUGAUGAAGGCGGCCUGGGACGGCUUUCGAUACAUGGGGCCCCUCGACAUCGAGUAUGCCAGCAAUGGUUUCUACGGGGUGGCCGUGGUGGAGGAGCUGAUGCGGAAGUACAACACGAGCGGGGAGGUCUUAAGCGUGCUCAUGACUGACUCCGUCUUCUCAGCCCACCUUGUGCAGGAUGCGGACACGCCAGGCCAGUUCAGCGUCGACCUCGCCUCCAUGGAGAAGUACAAGCCGCUUGAUGGCUACGCGCCGAUGGGGGGCUCGGCCACCUUCGUGGAGGAUCAGGGCCGGCUCCGCACCACGAAACUCGUGUAUGGAGGCGAAACCUAUACAGAGUUCGAUGUGCCAGAGGUGGAGGCCGAUUACACAAAGUCCACGCGGAGCGGCUGGCGCUUCGCGGAGGCGGCGAUCAUCUCUUCCCUGCUCGCAGUAACCAACCUGGUGACGCACGUCAAGGACCUCCACCUCGAGCUCGCGGCAGCAUUCCAGGCUGUGACCGUCACCGCCUUCGCGGCCGAGCCCGAGCACCCGGUGAGGAGGCUGCUGGACCCGUUCAUCCAUCGCAGCAUCCAGGCCACCAACGACAACUUCAAGCUGCUCUUCGAGUACCACGCCGCGGUCUUCUCGCUGGCACCCCUGCCGGCCGACGAGCAGCUGAAGCUCAUCGACGAAGCGAUCAGAGAUAGCCCGAUCAGCCUCGACGAGCUCGACCUGAAGAACUUCGCCGCCAAGCGGAACAUCGGGCAGGAGUACUCCACCAAGGCCGCGAUGGAGAACUCCACGAAGUGGGGCUGGCGAUGGCACUACCGCGCCCUGACAGUGCAGCAGCUGUACGAGAAGCUGAUCGACUGCUGGCUGGCGGCCAGCUACGACGGCCUCGAGGGCGAGGCGCUCGACGCGAGGCUGGCGGACGACGGUGUGCUGCAGGCCUGGUGGCAGAGCAUGCAGGCCCACCUGCCGUCCUUGAAGCGCGCUGUCGACAAGAACUCCGCGUGGGCCGGCAGCCCCGGGUCGAACCUCACGGCGUCGGCGCUCCAGCGUGCGGCCAGCACGCUCAUGGUUUGGCUCUCGUGGAUCCACGAGGACGUCGGCCACUCGGCCGCCUCGCUGGUGUACAACCCGGUCUACACGCCGAUGUGUGUGCCCGAGGACGGCGUGGGUGUCCCGUUGAGGUCGUGGGUGUUCAACGCCGGGGCCUACCGCGGGUUCGUGUUCCUGCACAGGUCCACGCUGCUGCAGGAGCCGCCCGACUUCUGGUUCCAGGGCAGUGCGGCCUGCCGCCAGUGCUUCGCGGACCUGCAGAAGUCGAUGAUACGGCUUGGCCUGGAGGACCCCGCUUUCAGCGAGUGCGAUGAGACUGGUUUCUACUCCUGUGUCGGCAGAGUUGAGACUGCUGUGUCGAGCUGA